AUGGCCAAGAAGACUACCCUCACCGAGUUCGAGUCGGUUUUCCCUAAGCUCGAGGAGGUCCUCCUCGAGCAUGCGCAAAAGUACAAGCUUCCCAAGGAGGAGCUGGCGUGGUACAAGAAGGCAAGCAUUCAGCCACACCGACCCCCGACAAUCCCCAACGCUGUUGCUGCUAGCACCUCCUCUGCUAGUCUCGAAAUCAACACCCUCGGCGGAAAAUGCAACCGCGGCAUGUCGGUCCCCGACUCCGUCUCCCUCCUCCUCGACAAGCCCCUCUCCGAGGAAGAGUACUUCCAAGCCGCCACCCUCGGCUGGAUGACGGAGCUCCUCCAGGCCUUCUUCCUCGUCUCGGACGACAUCAUGGACAGCUCCAUCACCCGCCGCGGCAAGCCCUGCUGGUACCGCCAUGAAGGCGUCGGCAUGGUCGCCAUCAACGACGCCUUCAUGCUCGAGGCCGCAAUCUACACCCUCCUCAAGAAAUUCUUCCGCGAGCACGCCAGCUACGUCGACCUCCUCGAGCUCUUCCACGAAGUCACCUUCCAGACCGAGCUCGGCCAGCUCUGCGACCUCCUCACCGCCCCCGAGGAAAAAGUCAACCUCGACAACUUCAGCAUGGAGAAGUACCGCUUUAUCGUCGUCUACAAGACGGCCUACUACUCCUUCUACCUCCCCGUCGCCCUCGCCCUCCACUGCCUCAACAUCGCCACCCCCAAGAACCUCAAGCAGGCCGAAGACAUACUCAUCCCCCUCGGCGAGUACUUCCAGAUCCAGGACGACUACCUCGACAACUUUGGCCUGCCCGAGCACAUUGGCAAGAUCGGCACCGACAUCAUGGACAACAAGUGCAGCUGGCUCGUCAACCAGGCCCUCGCCAUCGCCACCCCCGAGCAGCGCACCAUCCUCGAGGAGAACUACGGCCAAAAGGACAAGGCCAAGGAGGCCGUCAUCAAGAAGCUCUUUGACGACAUGGAGCUCAAGCGCCGCUUCGAGGAGUUCGAAGAGAAGCGCGCCGGCGAGAUCAAGGAUAUGAUUAACAACAUUGACGAGAGCGAGGGCCUCAAGAAGGGCAUCUUUGAAAUCUUCUUGGCCAAGAUCUACAAGCGCUCCAAAUAA